AUGUUUUUGGUUUUCUAUCUCAUUGCUUUUUUUGGAAAUGGCCUUAUACUCAGCAUAAUCCUUGUUAAUCCCCAGUUACAUAUCCCCAUGUACUUUUUCCUUUGCAUUUUGUCUAUCGUGGACUUGUGUAUUUCAACAUCUGCUGUGCCAAGACUGCUCUACGACCUUCUGACUGCCCAUAAGGUCAUUUCAAUUGGCGCUUGUACAAUACAGUUCUUUACCAUACUAUUUUUAGGUGGUACCGAGUCUCUACUCCUCGCCCUCAUGGCUUAUGACCGAUUUUUGGCCAUCUGUCAUCCUCUCCAUUAUCCCAUUCAGAUGAGAUGGAGUGUUUGUUAUCGACUCACCGCCUUUGUAUGGGUGAUGAGCUUCAUUAUAUUUAUUAUUCCACCACUUGCAAUGCCAUUGGCUUUAUGUAAUCCCAACCACAUUAACCAUUUCAUGUGUGAAGUUCUGGCCAUCAUUCAGCUGGCUUGUGACAGUAUCUACUUAAGUGAGCUUGUUAUGUUGGUUACUUGUUUCGUUGCUCUUCUCCUUCCUUUUAUGUUUGUGAUAGUCUCAUAUAUAUGUAUUAUAUCAUCGGUAUUGAAGCUUAAGUCUACGAGGAGGUCCAAAGCUUUUUCUACUUGUACUUCACACAUCACAGUGGUGGUUUUAGCCUACGGGACCUCAAUGCUCAUGUACUUUGGGCCUUCAACACAGUACUCUACGAACCAAGGAAAAUAUUUAUCCUUGUUUUCUUAUACUGUAUGCCCAGCAUUGAACCCCAUCAUUUACAGUCUAAAUAACAAAGAGGUAAAGGACACCAUAAAACAUUUAUUUCAUAUCAGAUAUGGUAAAAGCCUAUAA